GAGGCGCAUAUAGAACACCUGAUGGAAGGUAGCGAGAUGACAAAUUUCCUGAUGGACAGUUUCAUGAUGUUCUUUGGACACCUCUUGUCAAACAGUUCAUACCCAGUGCCGCAACGAGCCAUUGGGGUGGGCAGUGCCUUUGAAGGUUGGAGUCCCCGGGAGGAGGAUGUGGUGUACCGUGUCCUUGUACCUCUCACUCCUCCCCCAAGCCACACCUUCCAUCUGGAGAUGGACACCUCAGAGCAGUUGCCCGGUAGGAACUUCUUCAUCCGCAUGGAGCCGGUGUGCACCUGCCCAAGGGAGCAGCAGGAUGAGAACGUGCUGUGCUCCCUCCACCACCCAGAAGAAGAGCAGAGGAGGAAUGAGGAGCCCAACUUCCUAAACACCCUCUGCACCGGCUCCUACCUGGAUGUGGAGAAAACUGCCCGCUGGUUCUACCAGUUGGUGAGAGCGUCCUGGCCGGCUUUGCCUCAGUCACACAGUUGGCAAUUAGUGCUGCUGCCCUCCAGCCGCGCUUGCAAAUUCAAGGUGACCAGAGGCAGAGAGAGCCUGACGGUUGAGCUGCUCUUAGGAGUGCAAGUAGGCAAUUCAGACAUCUAUGUGAGCAGCCAGCCUACAGAGGCCCUCUUCACCCCAAGCACAGUGUGGCCUGAGACCUACGCCGUGGCAGAGAUGAAAUUCUUCAGUCUCAUUACCCGUCAGGCUCCACCUAACAGCUGGCACCUCAAGUGCCUGCAUGUCUUGGCCCGAGCUCUUCUGGGCAUAGGCUUCUCCACCUAUACCCUGAAGACCAUUGUGAUGCACCUCCUGAACACUGUACCUCUGUCAGGCUGGCGCAUGACGCAUUUCCGGCAGCGGCUGGAGGAUGCCAUGCAGUACCUGCACGGCUCCCUGGAGGAGAAACGCCUUGACCACUUUGUUGUGGGCAACCGGACGUUUCCUCAGGAGAUUCUCUUGCCCCCAGAUGUCAAAACCGCCGAGCCACCCAACCUCUUCCAUCGCCUGGCACAGGAUCCGGCCGCCCACAUGCAGGCAAUGAACGAGUGCCGUGAACUGGGACAUCGGCUCUCAAGAAUGCUGCACGACGGCCGUUGAAAGAAGUCUUCCUGCACACAGCUGUGCUUGGGGGGCUCACAGCUGGGCAAAGACGAGCACCUCCUACUGCAGGCAAAAAGUGAGGAGCAUGUGGGACAGAGAGAGGGA